GUAGUGGAGUACACGUUGCAGUCCUAUUAAAAUCAUGAAUGUUAUUAAUAUCACAUGAAUGGGCAAAAUGUGACACUUCUUACACACCAUAUAACUGAUCCAAAGACAUCAUCGCAAUCAGGAGUAGCGUUGGAUCGGUUAGAAGAGCAUAGAUCUGGUAGUGAUAUAGUAGUAGUAGUGGUAGUAGUGGUGGACUGAGUGGUGAUGUCUGUGGCCGAGCGACGGACAGUGAGCCGAGUGCUGGUGUUGUGUGUGUUGUGGUAUAUGACGAGUGCCGGCAAUAAUGUGAUCGGCAAACUGGUCCUCCAGUCCUUCCCAUAUCCCAUAACCGUAACGAUAGUCCAGUUGUUAUCCAUAACCAUAUACUCAGUGCCGGCGCUGUCACUGCUCAAGACGGGCCCCAAACGGCAGCCACAGCUCGAGUGGUCCUAUUAUGUGAAGAUAAUCAUUCCUCUGGCGUUCGGCAAGUUCUUCGCCUCCGUCUCCUCACACAUCAGUCUAUGGGCUGUUCCCGUCUCUUACGCUCACACAGUGAAGGCAUCGAUGCCUUUCUUUGUGGUCAUUCUGUCGAGAGUUAUAUUAGGAGAGAAACAAACGACUAAAAUAUACCUAUCGUUGGCGCCGAUAGUGAUCGGUAUAAUGAUUGCCACGAUUACCGAACUCGAGUUCAAUAUGAUUGGCCUCUUCUCUGCCCUCUUCUCCAUCUUUGUCUUCUCUCUACAGAAUAUUUUCUCAAAAAAGGUAUUACGCGAGACAUCAAUACACCACUUGAAACUGCUUCACCUGUUGGCCCGAUUGGCGCUAAUGAUGUUUAUUCCGGUCUGGUUUUGGCACGACUUCCUCGACAUCCUCUACAGCGAGAGUACGUCAACAAUGGAUGGAUGGGUUGUAGCGAUGCUACUAUUCAUCGACGGUUUGGCCAACUUUUUGCAAAAUGUGAUCGCAUUUACAGUGUUAUCAUUGGUCACGCCAUUGACUUACGCCGUGUGUAACGCUUCCAAGAGGAUAGCGAUCAUCACGUUCUCUGUUAUCAUGUUUAGGAAUCCGGUGACGCCUAUGAAUGCGUUGGGAAUGUUUUUAGCCGUAUUCGGCGUCUUCUACUAUAAUAAGGUAAGCUUUGGAUCCGCCAAAUACGAUGCGAUGGAAGAGGAGAAGAAACAACCGAUACUUCCCGUCACGAAGAGUGACACGAAUUUGUUAUUAAAAUUUGCCAACACUUCUCAUCAGAAUCUGGGCUUCAAUCACAUCAGGAAUGGCACCCAUAAUGUCCGCAAUGGACACACCUAUCACUACUGACAUCAACAUAUUUUAGGAUCAAUUAUAC